AUGCCAACAUCACACCUCCCCUCUCUAGGCCGCCAAUACACUAGGCGCUUAUUGAACACAACUCUUUCCACAGCCUUCAAUGCCCCAACAGCGUCACAAAGACGACCUCUCUCAUCCCAGUCACCCAACACCUCAGCACGCCUCGCCAGCCGUACCUGUAUGAUCACAGGCGGGACAUCGGGUAUUGGGUUUGCCAUCGCAAACCGAUUCCUCCAAGAAGGCGCAGAGCGCGUCAUCCUCGUUGGACGAUCGUACGAGCGCCUCCUCAAAGCCGCCGCCAGACUGCAAGUCAAUGGUGAAGGCGCCCAGAACCAAGAAGCGACUGAUGACACAGCAUCAAAGUCGCAGGGAACUUUGGUCGAAACAUCGGAUAGAAUAAGUCUCCUUGUGGGCGAUGUAUCGGAGGCUGGAUCGUGGCUACGUGAGCUGGAGAAGGCGAUGCAACCCGUCGACAUCUUAAUCAACGCAGCUGGGAUCUCACACUCCAAUAUUCUUCCCAAGACGUCUCCCGAGGAAAUCUCUCAAACCCUCCGGACAAACCUUGAAGGCGCGAUCUUCACAUCCCGCGCUCUUCUCCGCGCCUCUCUCCGCAACAGGCUAAAAGGCCAUUCCGGCGAGACCCGACCUGCAUCUAAAUGCAUUAUAAACAUUUCGUCAUUACUAGCGGUAAAAGGCGGAACCGGCGCGGUCCCAUACGCUGCUUCCAAAGCAGGGCUUCUCGGUCUCACCAGGUCGUUAACAGUUGAGGCGGCUGGUUCUCUGCGCAAUGUGGUCGUGCGGUCGAAUGCGAUUGUGCCGGGCUAUAUUGAGACGCCGAUGAUUGCGGACUUUAGCCAAGGACAGAAUGAGAGGUUGAAGGAGAGCAUUCCACUGGGUCGGUUUGGGGCACCGGAGGAGAUUGCGGAUGCGGCGGUGUUUUUGGCGGGAAAUGAGUAUGCGAAUAAUUGCGUCAUUAAUUUGGAUGGGGGUUUAAGCGCUGUUUAA